AUGCCGUCCUACCUGGAGGGGAGCAGCCAUGGUGUUGACCUUAGCAAAGGCUAUAUUAUAAUCUGGUUUCAGACUGGCCACAGCCUCAAGAGCAAAUGCAAGCCAGGCCUGACAAAAGCAGAAGGGCACAUCCACAAGCCCAGCUGGCCGAGGCUGCGGGCUUCCAGGGAGCGGCAAGAGCAGCUGAUGGGAUACCGCAAGCGGGGGCCUAAGCCGAAGCCGCUCGUCGUGCAGCUUCCCUCCUUUGCCCGCCGCUCGAACAUCCUCACGGGGCUGCAGGACCCUGCUGUGGACAACAGGCCAAAGCUAGACCUCAGCUCCUCUGGCAAGACCCAGCAGCACCAGUAUGAACUCAACAGCAAGAAGCACCACCAGUACCAGCCCAAUGGCAAGGAGAGCAGUAUGAAGCACCAGUCCCACAGCAAAGGGAAGUAUUACUACCAGCUGAACAGCAAGAAGCACCACCACUACCAGCCAGACCCCAAGAUGUACGAGCCCCACUACCAGCCCGCUAGCAAGGAGCCGCAGAGCCAGGCAUGCUUAGACAGUAACAAGAGCCCCCUGGUUGCCCACCCAGACAAGUGGGCUCAUGGCCCCACCAAAAGCUUGCUGGGCCCAGUCAAGAACCUGUCUGCAGAGAGCAAGAAUGGGGCUGAGAAGAACCUGUCAAGUGGUACUGGGCCACCCCCUCGGGACAGGGUGACCAGCAACGGUCUUGGGGGCAAGAUGAAGAUUGUCAAGAACAAAAACAAGAACGGGCGCAUUGUAAUCGUCAUGAGCAAGUACAUGGAGAACGGGAUGCAGGCUGUAAAGAUCAAGUCUGGGGAGCCACCCCGGAAGCGGGCUGCGGAGGAGAGGACUCCUAAGAAGGGUGGGGAAGAGAAGCUGGAGGCUUGGAGGAAGCCAGGGGAGGAAAGGGUGGUGGGCAGCAACCCUCUGAGCAAAGCAGAGGGUGAGGGGAGGCAGCCCUCUGCAGAGCUCGAGGAAAAUCCCAGAAAGACUCCCCUGGCCAAGCAGCUGCCUCUUCCUCCCCCAGAGCAGCCCCUGCAGCUCACCACCAAGCCAGACCUUGUGCCCUGGUCCCUGAAUCCUGCACGUGAGCACAGCCCUUCUUCCAUGGGACUGAACCUCUCCAGCCCGGGCUCCCGGAAGCGCUGCCUGUCAGAGCCGCACGGGGACAGGGAGCCGGGCAAGAAGCGCCUCACCUCCCGGAGCAUCAGUGCCCCCACAUGCCUCAGCCCCCCCGUCCCGGAGAGGCCCGAGGCCCCUGCCCCAGCCGCUGCCCAGCCGGAGGUCAUCCUGCUGGAUUCGGACCUGGACGAGCCCAUAGACUUGCGCUGCGUGAAGCCUCGGGCGGAGGGCGAGCUGGCCGUGGCGCAGGUGAAGCCGGAGGCGCCGCUGGUGCCGGUGGAGAAGCCGGCCGCGGAGCCUCCGCAGCCCCAGGAGGCCGCGGAGGAGGAGGAGGAGGAGGAGGCCGAGUCCCUGCAGGAAUUCAAGCCCUUCUUUGGGAAUAUAAUUAUCACAGACGUGACCGCAAACUGCCUGACCGUGACCUUCAAGGAGUACGUGACGGUGUGAAGUGGGCCUGUGGCUGCUCCCCAUGGGAGGCGCCUGCCCGGCCGGGGGCCACCAGCCCCGCGGCCUCCCUCGAAGGUACUGACGCCC